GUAAAUGCAGACUUGUUGAAACGAAUUAGUUCUUCUCUUAAUCUCCUCUCAUCUUGUCAGCAUCUAGAAAUAGACUUAGUAGUGUCAGUCGGCACAAAUGAGUGAGUCCAACUCGAGGAGGUUCACAGCUCUAAGCGAAGAUGAAGAAGACAACGUCGACUUCAUGAGCGCGUCAUCGGCGGCGGGUGCAGGCGGUAGACACAAAUCAGCAGUGCAGCACCCGGUCACCUGUGCAUUCCACGUGCUGUUCAGAACCCUAGCAGUGCUAGUCUACUUCUUCUGCAACUGGUUUACUCAUAGUUUUGUCAUAGCUUUUGUGCUGAUUGCUCUGUUGCACUCAAUGGACUUCUGGACUGUAAAGAAUGUAACCGGACGUCUACUUGUUGGUCUGAGGUGGUGGAAUGAGGUGACAGAGUCUGGUUCGAGUGAGUGGUUCUUCGAGAGCAGGCCCAGGAACGAGAGAAACCUUCUCGUCUCUGCCUCGGAGUCCACUGUGUUCUGGGUCGCACUCAUAGCCGCCCCCUCUAUCUGGUUCUUCCUAUUCCUCACCACGCUAUUCUCUAUGAAGUUUGCUUGGAUGAUGAUAGUGCUGCUUGGCCUGACAGUGACUGGGUCGAAUCUCUAUGGCUACACGAGGUGCAGACUGGGGUCGAAGCGCACACUGUCAGGGGCAGCGGCACAGUUUCUGGGAAAGCAGGUGAUUAAUGCGGGGGUUGCUGAAAUGCAGCAACAGAAUUCAUCUUCUAAAAGCCAGAAUUUGACGAACGCCUAAAUAGAUGAUUCAACCGAUCGAUUACUUCCAAAAGUGACCUUCAUGUCCUAGGAUCAUGACAGCUUGGCCUUAUUGAACGUCAAUAGUAGUGCUAUAAGAGGAAAUGAACUAACUAGUUUUGGAUUAUUGCUACAUGAAGCCGAUAUAUUGCAUUAAUAAUCAUAGUUAGUCAUAAUAAUUAGGUUGGUGAGUGUUGAAGCACGUUUUUAAUCUUUGGUGUUCGGCUCAUCUCAAUCAGCAUUAUGAAUAAUUUUAAUGAGGUUCAAUGAUGUAUAUUUGUGGCAAAUUGAGAUCAACCGUACAAUCCCCUCCCUCCCCCC